AACAAAAACUAAAGUGCUUGAGAGCAUAAAGUAAGAAAAGACAAAGGCAAAAUAAUAAAAAAUAAAAUUGAAAACAAACCAACAAUUUUUUUGACAAAAUAGACAACUCCAAGAAAAUCGGUUAAAAAAAAGCUAUAUAACCAACGGAUUCAGAUCCGUCAAGACCCAGGUGUCUGUCCGAAAGUUCCAAGCUGGCCACCCCCAACCAAACGGUGAGAGAGCCAAAAUCAAAACCAGAGAGACUCCUUCUUCCGCGGGGCCCUCAUCAAUUGAAAUAUUCUUCACUCUUUCUCCACCUAACAGUUGACUUUUAAAAUUUGGACGUUUUGUAUGCAAAUCAGGGGAAGGAUUGGUAAUUCCAAUCCAAUCCGAUAAACCUGAUAUGGCUUCUGAAGCUAUCGAUUCCCUGCUACAAACUUUACGCCAAAUCCUUAAACGCGACGAUGUUCUCACCACUCUUCGUGUUAAACAACGAAUUAUAUCCAUCCACGAUAAAGCUGUGUUCUUGCUGUUGAAUCUCAAACAUUUCCCAAAACAAGAAACUAUCAGGGAGGUAGUAAAUACAACACAAGAGAUUAUUGAGUAUAUUUUCUCCCCAGAAAAUGUUUCAGAUUGUGGGUCGACAGAGGCGAGUGUGAGACUUUCAAUCCAGUUGGGGGAAUUGGCAGGGGAACUCCCCUCAACUGCUGCAGAUGUGGUGGACUACUGCAACAGUCACGACGAUCUCGUCAGAAACUUACGAAGGCGGAGUGACUCAUCAUCAAGGUCUGCAAUAGUGCUGAUUGUCAGCCUUUUAUGCCUGUUGUUGAAAGUGGAGAGAAUUAUAUGGACUGCUAGAAGUUUAUCAAUAUAUUAUCGCUUUAGUGACUAUUUUCGUUUUUGUAAUAGAAGUUUAAAAAACCAUGAUCGCUUUUUUCGUUUUUUUAUUCGUUUGAGUGAUUUUGAUGAAGAUCUGAGAGUAGCAACAGAGCUGAUUGUCAGCAUUUCAAUCCGGUUGCUGGGCUUAGCGGAGAGAAUUAUGUCAACUACUGGAGACUCAGUUGACAACGUAGGACGACAGAGUGAUUCUCCUGCUGUUCGUUCAUCUUCAAGAUCUGCACUCAAUAGUGAAGAUUUUGAUGAUCUUCAUGGAGAUCCAACAUUAGCAACAAAGCUGUUUGUCAGUUCAAAUCGUUUGGCGAGAUUAGCGGACAGAAUUCAGUGGACUGCUCGAGACUUAAUAGACAAUUCUACCGCUGAUGGUUCAUCACCAACAUCUGCCCUCAAGAGUGCAGAUUUUGAUGGUUUUGAUGAAGAUCUGGGUUUUGUGAGAAUGCAGAUUCUCCACUUUUCAGGCGUGUUGGGGAGAUUGGCAGAGGAAAUUAUGUCAGCUGAAGACUACGCAACUGUUGGUUCAUCAUCAACAUCUGCACUCGAGAGUGUAAUGGCUUCAGAACAGUUUCUCCAGAUUUCGGACGAGUUGGAGAGAUUAGCGGAUGAAAUUAUGUCAACUGCUAAAGGCUCAGUUGACAACGUAGGACGACUGAAUGAUUCUCCGGCUGUUGCAACAGAGCUGACCGACAGCUUGGGGAGAUUAGUGGAGAGAAUUAAGUCAACUGCUGAAGAUUCAGUUAAGAACAUAGGACGACUGAGUGAUUCUCCAGCUGUUGGUUCAUCAUCAAGAUCUGCACUCAAGAGUGAAGAUUUUGAUGGUUUUGAUCAAGCUGUAGCAACAGAGUUGACUCUCAGCAUUUCAAACCGGUUGGGGAGAUUAGCGGAGAGAAUUAAGUCAACUGCUGAAGAUUCAGUUAAGAACAUAGGACGACUGAGUGAUUCUCCAGCUGUUGGUUCAUCAUCAAGAUCUGCACUCAAGAGUGAAGAUUUUGAUGGUUUUGAUCAAGCUGUAGCAACAGAGUUGACUCUCAGCAUUUCAAACCGGUUGGGGAGAUUAGCGGAGAGAAUUAAGUGGACUGCUGUUGGUUCAUCAUCAAGAUCUUCACCCACAAGAAAGGAUGUCGUGGUUGGUUUUGAUGAAGAUAGGUUGCAGAUAAUGUCAUGGCUUACAAGCUAUUCAUCCGAGCUGCAAGUCCUCCCUAUUGUGGGGAUGGGAGGCAUUGGUAAGUCCACACUCGCUAAAAUUGUUUAUGAUGAUACAUUCAUUACUUAUCAUUUUGAUUUUCACGCUUGGGUCACAAUAUCGAAAGAUUACAAUGUAGAAAUUAUUCUUUCAAAUCUGCUUGCUUCGAUGAAAGGAAAAGGAAUCCAAGCAGAGAGUGAUUUACAAUGCAAGGUUAAGGAGUCUGAAAUAUACAAAUACUUAAAAGGUAGGAGGUAUCUCAUAGUAGUGGACGACAUUUGGAGUAUGGAAGCUUGGGAUCACAUACAGAGGCUAUUACCUGAUGAUAAUAAUGGAAGCCGAAUCAUAUUAACCACAAGGCUAAAGAAUGUGGCUACUUAUGCUAGCUCUAUGAGCCCCAUUCAUACGAUGCAUUUCUUGGAUGACCAACAAAGUUGGCGUUUGUUCCAGAAAAAGGUCUUCGGAGAUCAAGAUUGUCCUGUUGAGCUACAAGAUAUUGGGGAAAAAUAUGUAAAACGUUGCGAAGGAUUGCCCCUUUCAAUUGUUACUGUGGCAGGACUUUUAUCCAAGAUUGAUAGAACUCCAAAGUUGUGGAAGCGAAUUGGGGCAAAUGAUGGACAGUUGGAAACUAUAUUAUUAUCUUUGAGUUACAAACACUUGCCUCGACAUUUGAGGGAGUGUUUUUUGUAUAUGGCAGGCUUCCCUGAAGAUUAUGAGAUCCGUGUCUCAGAACUCAUCAAACUUUGGGUAGCUGAGGGCUUUUUGGAUGGUCGAUAUGAAUCUAAAAUGUUGGAAGAGGUGGCGGAAGAUGUUUUGGAGGUGCUGGUCGAGCAAAGUCUAGUUUUGGUUACUAGCAAGAAGAGUGAUGGCAAAAUCAAAAGGUGCAAGCUUCAUAGCGUGGUUCGGGAUUUUUGUUCAAGACAGGCUGGGGAAGAGAAGUUACUUCUACCUAUCAUGGAUUACUUUCCUAAUCCUAUCGUGAGAAGGCAUUUUCUCCCACAAGUGCUAGAAAAUCAUCAACGCUUAAGUGUUAAUUGGUGUGAUCUGGAUCUUAAGGACUCUAUGCAUAGCUCAUGCACCCAUUCUAUUAUAUGUUGUUGGGAAAUCAGUUCCCCAUCCAAACUUGGAACGUGGAAGAGACAAGAUGAGUCUCAACGCCUUAUCCUCAUCUUCAAUUUUCGCUCCAAUACUCUCCAGUUCAGAGAUAAUGCCAUUGAGAAUACUCAAGUGUUGAAGCUAAAGAACCAUGCUUGCUAUGGGGAACACUGGAAAACUAUUGAGGGAGGAUUUGUGGAUCUGAGACUUUUGCAUAUUGAUGAAUCAAAUCUGCAGAACUGGACAACUGAAUGUAGCCACUUCCCAAGGCUUCAGCGCCUAAUGCUUCAUCGUUGUCUAUAUUUGUCUAAGAUUCCAGUUGAUAUUGGAAAGAUUCCAACACUUGAACUGAUUGAGAUCGAUGAUCAUAACCGAUCUCUUCUAUGCAGAGUAUCGUUGGAGCUAGCUAGCUUAUCAGAUAUUCGACUUAUGAAAGAAGCAGAGACUCAAGAGGCUUGGGAUGAUGUAAGAAAUAUACUUCCCGAUGAUGGUAAUGGAAGACGAGUCAUUUUAAUGACAAGAGAAACUGAUGUGGAUGAUGUGGUUGGAUUCGUCCUGAGUUGUUUUGCUUUGAAUUUCAACCUCAUCAAAUUAUGGGUAGCUGAGGGAUUCUUGAGACGUCUGAACAGAUCUAAAACCUUAGAAGAAGAGGCGGAAGUGUUUUUGGAGGAUCUUGUCAAGAGAAACCUUGUUUUGGUUACCAAGAGAAAGUGUGACUGCAGGAUCAAAAGUUGCAGCCUCCAUGAUCUGAUGCGGGAUUUAUGCAUAAGAAAAGCGCAUGAAGAGAAGUUUCUUGUGAACUUCAGCAGCGGGCUUUCAGUAAAGGGCAGAAAAAAUCAGCGCCGUGUAAGUGUUACUCGUUCGGGUUUACCAUACUUUCAGAAAAUAUAUGGCUUAACCAUCCAUACGAUUUUGUGCUUCCAUGGCAUUUCUGUAGCAAACAAGUUGGAAGGUUUUAGAUUGCUAAGGGUAUUGGAUGCAGGAGAUGUUUAUGUGAGAUCACUACCAGAUCAACUGUUUGACCUAUUUUAUCUAGCAUACCUUGGUAUCUGCUAUCUUGAAAGGAUACCUGCAGCCAUUUCAAAGCUUCAUAAUCUUGAAACUUUAAGCCUUCGCGCAAAGAAUGAUUGGAUGAACUUUAUUACAUUGAAUUCAUUCUGUUUGCCUCUGGAGAUUUGGAGGAUGCCAAGAUUGAGACAUCUUGUUUUCUAUGGCAGGUUACCAAAUCCAGAAGGAAUAGCAUCUUCUAGUCUAGAAAACCUCCAAACACUCUCUAUAGCGUCACAUGCCAUGUGUAGUGAAAGGAUCUUGAGAAUGAUCCCAAACCUAAAGAAAUUGGAAAUUGAUUGCUCUGAUGGCGAAAUUUUCCUCAACAAUUUGGUGCAUCUGCGUCAACUUGAAGAUUUGAAGUUACGUUCAUCUUUUAGAAUUGUGUUGUACCAUAAGCAUGACUUCACUUUUCCUAAGUCUCUGAGAAAGUUGACAUUAAGCCGUGUGACUCUUCCUUGGGAGGAGAUGACUAUUGUAGGCUCGUUGCCAAAUCUUCGACUGCUUAAACUGACUCAUUGGGCUUGCAAAGGCAGCACAUGGGAAACAAGUGAUGGAGAGUUUCCUAAACUAGAAAUUUUGGUUAUAGAAAAGUCGUUGCUUGAGGAUUGGAUAACUGAAAGUAGCCACUUCCCAAUGCUCAAAAGCCUCGUGCUCGACGAGUGUUUGAAGCUCGCUGAAAUACCAGAAGAUAUUGGGGAAAUUCCAACACUCGAGCUGAUUGAGGUGAAGGGGGAAGCGCGAACGUCACUUGUGGAGUCGGCCCAGAGGAUUCUACAGAAACAACAAGAGUGGGGAAAUGAUGCCCUUCAAGUUCGUUGCAUGGCUCAUCGAUGAUGUGCUCUUUCCAUCCUUCUGUCGACACAAAAGAUUAAUUUUGUUGCAGAUCAGGAAAUAUGCAAUCAAAUGUGAUGAACUAGGCCUCAGAUUCUCACAAUGACAGUUUUGGAUUUCAAGUUCGUUUUAUGACUCGUUAAUCAUGAUACUCUUCUAAUGAGCCAAUGAUUCUCAUACAAAGAGCUGAGAGGAUGGAAUAUGGAAAGAAGUGUCUUCGACCAGAGCUAUUUUUCUUAAUGCUUUGAUUAGUGAAAAUUAUAUUUUUGCUCUGUUUUUAUGUCGUGGAUAGAGCCACUUUAUGUUAUUCUCUAGUUUCAUUGCUUCCAUGGUGUAAGAAGCUCAAGAAAAUAAUUUAUAGCCCAAAUCAAAGUAACAAUUUUUUUUAGGAGAAUGACAGUAAAGUACAAC